AUGGCUGGUUCUGGGACUCCAGCUCUGAGCCAGGGCGCCGGCUACGGCAUCGUCCUCGGCGUCGGCCUCGCCUUUGCCAUGUUCAUGAUCAGCCUCACCCACAUCCUCAAGCGCCACAACAAUGAGGUCCAGACAUCCGAGAUGUUCAACACGGCAGGCCGCUCCAUGAAGUCGGGACUCGUCGCCGCCGCCGUCGUCUCCUCGUGGACAUGGGCCGCCACCCUCCUGCAGAGUUCCGGUGUCUGCUACCGGUACGGCGUCUCGGGUCCGUUCUGGUAUGCUUCCGGAGCGACUGUUCAGAUUCUUCUCUUCGCGACCUUGGCCAUCAUGCUCAAGAAGCGUGCCCCUAACGCUCACACUUUUCUCGAGGUCAUCAAGGCUCGCUAUGGGACACCUGCUCAUUUCACUUUCAUCGUCUUUGGCAUCUUGACAAAUGUGCUUGUGUCUCUGAUGCUGAUCUCUGGAGGUGCUGCAACUGUCAAUGCUCUGACUGGCAUGAACACUAUCGCUGCCAUCUUCCUGCUCCCUGUGGGUGUCGUUGCUUAUACCUUCAUCGGAGGUCUCAAGGCCACUUUCAUCACUGACUACAUCCACGGCGGUGUUGUGCUCAUCAUCAUCAUCAUCUUUGCCCUGACGGCCUAUGCAUCCUCCGAUGUCCUAGGCAGUCCCUCUGCUGUAUAUGACCUCCUUGUCGAGGCAGCCAAGGCCCAUCCAGUCUCUGGUAAUCAAGACGGCAGCUACCUGACGAUGCGAUCCAAGGGGGGUGUCACAUUCUUCGUCAUCAACAUUGUCGGCAACUUUGGUACCGUCUUCCUCGACAACGGCUACUACAACAAGGCUAUCGCCGCGCACCCCGUCCAUGCCCUCCCUGGUUACAUCAUCGGAGGCCUUGCCUGGUUCGCCAUCCCCUGGCUGACUGCCACCACUCUUGGUCUCUCGGCCCUCGCCCUCGAGUCCAACCCUCGCUUCCCCACAUAUCCGGAGCGUAUGAGCGAGGCUGACGUCUCGGCUGGUUUGGCUCUUCCAUAUGCUGCUGUUGCUCUUCUGGGCAAGGGUGGAGCCAUCGCCACUCUUCUCAUGGUCUUCCUGGCGGUUACUUCGUCCUUCAACUCUGAGCUGGUUGCCACGUCGUCCAUCUUCACCUAUGACAUUUACCGAACCUAUUUCCGUCCCAAUGCCAGUGGCAAGAGCCUUAUCUGGAUGUCCCAUGCCUGCAUGGUCGUCUACGCUCUUAUUAUCUGCUGCAUUUCCGUCGGACUGUGGUACAAUGGAAUCUCAAUGGGAUACCUCUACCUCCUCAUGGGUGUGCUCAUCUCUGCGGCUGUGCUCCCAGCGACGCUGACUCUCAUCUGGCGCGGCCAGAACCGAUGGGCGGCCACCCUGUCUCCCAUUCUCGGCGCCGCCUGUGCCAUCUCAGCCUGGCUGGCAACUGCGAGCAAGACGUGCGGCAAGCUGGAUGUGACUUGCACCGGAUCCAACGACCCCAUGCUCGCUGGCAACCUCACGGCUCUACUCUCCCCGGUCAUCUUCAUCCCAAUCUUUUGUCUGAUCUUUGGUUUUGACAAGUAUGACUGGCAGUCGAUGAUGAACAUCCGCAGAGCAGAUGACCACGAUGUGAUCAAGGACUCCGGCCUUGACGAGGAGGCCCAGAGGCAGGUGGCCGCGACUCAACAGGCCGACUUUGAGGAGGAGCAGCGAAAGCUCGAGAAGGCUUUCAAGAUUGCCAGCACCAUGACAAUCAUUCUAACUCUGUCGUUCCUCAUCCUCUGGCCCAUGCCAAUGUACGGUUCCCGUUAUGUCUUUUCCAAGCCCUUCUUCACCGGCUGGGUCAGCGUGGGCAUCAUCUGGAUCUUCCUCUCUCUUUUCGCAGUUGGCAUCUACCCUCUAUGGGAGAGCCGUGCAACGAUUGCCCGGGUGUGUACGUCCUUGGUCAAGGGUAGGCGCCCAAACACUAUCGUGCAGGGUGAGGCGGUGAUGGAGGAGUCGAGCGGGCGAGCUACACCGGAGAAGCAAUAG